AUGCAUAUAAAUAUAUACGCUCUCAUUCAUCUUCUUGAUCUACGUAAUGAAAUCUUGCUUAUUAUUUUGAGAAAACUAGAUAAUGCUAAUGUGCUUUAUUCACUUUCGGAUAUUGAUAAUGAAAGAUUUGCCAUUUUAGCACAAGAAAAGAUGUUUACAAAAUUUCUCAAUUUUGUAUUGGCAUUAGCUGAUGAUAUUUAUUUGAUUCCUACCUCAAUACUAGAUCGUUUUUGUUCCUGUAUAUUGCCAAGAGUUCAUCACAAUGUGAAAUGUCUUAGUCUUGAUUUAACAUCUAUGGAACGAAUUCUUCGCGUUGCUGAGUAUCCUUAUCUCAGCCAACUGAAACUGUUCAAUUUUAACCAAGACAUUUGUUCAAGUUAUUUUACAGACUUGCCAUCAACUACUUUUUCUUCUUCAAUUCUUACAAAAUUAUGCAUCAGUCUGAAUACAUUACAAGAUUGCCUUUCUUUACUUGAUGGUCGUCUCAAACAGUUGUCAACAUUAAUUGUUAUUGUUCAUGGUACAAAGAAUCAUUCAACGUUUGAUCACAAUAUGAAUGAUUUACCUAAUCUGAAGUGUUUCUCAUUAACGUACAAUUCAAUUGAAGCUUAUGACGCACAAGUUAUACCUCUUCUUCGUCGUAUGUCACAUCUCAAAGAAUUAAUUUUAUAUCUUUCCAUUGAAAAUCGAGUUGUAUUCGUGGAUGGCACACGUCUUUAUAAUGAAAUACUUAUUCAUAUGCCACAACUUCGUACAUUUACCUUUUAA